AUGGCAAAAUAUGAUUUGCCUGCUUUUAUUAAUUACAUCAAGAAACAAACCAAUGUAGACAAUUUAUCAUUUAUUGGUCAUUCUCAAGGAGCAAUUGAAAUCUUAGCAUCAUUGAUAAUUGAAUCAAUCUCACCAACAGAUUUACAAUGUAUUGUGUUGAUAGAACCACCAGCAAUAUUAAAAAAUCAAAAAUCAAAAGUAAUCAAAUUGCUAAGUAAAAUAAAAGCUGACAAUCUAAUCAAAAUCCUCCCAGUUAAAUUAUUCAAGAACACAUUGGAUUUCUCACAUAAAUUGAUUGAACACAGUUUAAAUUACAAUGACAGUUUUAAAUUUAUAUUUGGUGAGACUAAAUUAUUGGAAAAUAGCAAUUUCCCUGGUCAUUUUCCUGCUCCUGCAAGUAAUUAA